AUGGCCUGGCUUUCCUUAGGAUCCAAAACUUCUCAGAAUACAGAGAUUAAGUCUCCUCAGAUUGAACAACGUUCUCAUCAUCAAAUGGGUAUAGUACAGAACAAUGAAUCAGACAUUGCUCAUACUUUGAAUCAAAUCGCGGCUGAGGGAGAGGCGAAAGUCAAAGAAAUGACUACUGAGACGUUGAACUCCACCAAUGCUGCAGUCAGUGACUUUGUUCACAAAAGAGAAGGAAACAUGUUUAUCAUAGAUGGUGAGAAGUACUCCAAGGAGAGCAUUAUCUGCACGAACGAUGGCCAAGGUAACAAAACGUGCUUGAAAUUGAAAUAUAACCUGGUUGAGUUGUUCAAGCAAAUGCAGAAGCUUGAGUACUUCUGUUCUUUGCCUAAUGACAUCAAUGCAACUUAUUUUGAGUGCAGAAAAAUCACUUAA